AUGUCUUUUUUUUGGAACAAUUCCAUGACUCUGACAUAUCACCAGGUUGAACAAGCUCUCAGUGUCAAGCGUGCGGGGCUUGAUACAGGAGCUGCUUGCCAACACAACACUGAAAAUAAGCACAACUUUGUAGAGACCUUUGAAUUGUGGAUUGGUCUCAAGAACUAUGAUCCCAAGAGGGACUAA